AUGAUUCUAUCAUCCAGCAUUGGCCGCAUCCUGGCCCUGUCUUCGUCCCUGGUUGCACUAUCCUCUGCUGAUACCCUGGUUGAAAGAACAAGCUUUGGCAAUGGAAAUCGUAUCUCGGCGGACAUGUCCUCGUUGCCGGGAUGGCAACUCUCUGGAGAUGGCUUCAUCCCGGAGAUAAUGUCCGAUAGAAUAAUUAUGACGCCUCCAUAUCCAGGCCGGAAGCGAGGCGCCAUGUGGACACUUGAUCCUGUUUCUCAAUCAGAGUGGACGGUCGACUUUGAAUUCAGAGUCAAUGGCGAGGAUGGUCCGGGUGGAAAUAUCCAGCUUUGGUAUGUUAAAAACGGCCAGGUUGAUGUCGGGUCGCAAGAUAUCUACAGCGUUUCUCGCUUUGACGGGUUGGCCAUCACCAUCGAUAGCUCACAAGGCAGAGGCAUGGUGCGUGGCUUUUUGAACGAUGGUACUACCGACUACAGAACUCACCGGAACGUCGACAGCCUGGCAUUCGGCCACUGCGAGUACUUUUACCGUAACCUUGGAAGACCAUCGCAAAUUACUAUCAAGCAGACUAUGUUUUCAUUCGAGGUUCUAAUUGAUAAAAGAAGCUGUUUCCAUACCAAAAAGGUCUUCCUUCCCGUGGGCAACACGUUUGGAAUCACAGCUUCGUCCACGGAUUAUCCCGACUCCUUCGAAGUCUUCAAGUUCGCCUUGUCGGUUCCACGACCAGGCAGCGACAGCGGCGCCUCUCAGAACCAGCGAAGCCAUCAAGCCCAGCAGCCGCCUGUUCAAAGAAGUAACACAAACCAGCAGGCCUCCCCGGACGGCCUCUCGGGAGUUCAGACCCAGAUCAAAAAUAUCCAAGAUCGCCUCCACACUUUAAGCACCUCGACUGAAAGGCUCCUGAACGACCUCGCCCUGCUCUCCAAGAAGUUCGACGAACGCAACCAAGAACUCGCCCGCAACUCCGCUAAUCGCGAUCAGGUCAGCAGCGUGGACCAGAGGGUCAUGAGGCUCGAGAGAAUGAUCGAACGCGUCCAAAAGGACCUCGCGGGCAAGGACUAUCAGCGCCAUUUCACUAAAUUGGAAGAAGCUUUGCGACACUCGCACUCGGGUCUACUCGAGAAUCUGCACGAUUCCUCCCAUCGUAAGUUUUUAAAACCCGACCCCCAACGGAAACCAAAAACUAGAAAGAAAGAAAGAAAGGAACAAAAAGAAACCAAUGCGAAAAACAAGCAAGUGCUGACGAAAAAUGACUAG